CCAAGAAGAAGAAGAAGAAGAAGACAGAACGUUGUUGUUCGAGCGGUCCUCUGGAGCGGUGUUAGUUUCAGGCCGGAAAUAUUUGUGGAGCUGCACCACCAUGGACGCUGGUUCUCAGCGUGUUUUACAGUACUUAACAGACGUCGAGGAGGCAGCUGAGGAUGUUCUUACUACUAAACAACAGAUUGUAGACCUGGACAUGAAGAGAAACAGGAACAGGGAGGCGCUGAGUGCUCUGAAACAUGAGAUGUCAGAUUCAGAAAAAGUGAAGGUUUGCUUUGGGGACAUGUUCAUUAAAUUCCCCAAAUCCAAAACAAGAGAGAUGAUCCAGAAAGAUCAGGAGCAGCUUGACAAGGAGAUCAAUGAUCUUCGUAGAGAGCUGAAAACAAAGGUCAACUGUCUCAAUGAGAUGCAAGGUUAUUGAGACAGGACUUUUUCCCUCAGCCACUGGCUGCUAGGCUGAACGAGGACCUGUUUAUAUCUCGUCACCACAAACAAUGAGCAGGAAGGUUAGGAAGAUAUAAUUUCUCUACUUCAGGUGGGUCUGAUGUAAAUAUGUGGAAGAGUACUCAUACCCAAGUAUGGUUGAGGAUCUCUGAUGACCUUUCUCUUCUAAACACCCUGGAAACCUUCUUAGAGGCCAUGAAAUCACAGACUUGUUGACGUACCAGAACCAGUAAACUGAGAAUGGGUUUUCACUGACCCUUUCAUUGGAUCAUAAGUCAGGAGAAAAUGGUCCUACUUUCAUGGUCAUCCCACUCCUCAGACCCAAAUCCUGGGGUAAACCUGUGGGGUACGAAUUAUCAACAGAAGAGGUACCAAUAAAUGUAAAACUUGUUUUUUUUUACCUGGGAUUUUCCAUGACUAUAUACAUUUAUUGUGAUUAAAGUUUUAAAGUUGGAUUUUGCCUUUUUAGUGUGAGAGUUUUCCACUGCAAUAAAAGAUUAUUGUAUUUUAAAACGUAUUUCACGUCAUUUCAAUUUGACUCCGUUCUAUGAUGCUGAAAUGCUUUAAAAGCAUCAUGUUGUCUCUGCUAAAUGUUUGCAGAAAACAAAUUAAGUUUAACCAGGAUAUGGAUAGUUAAGGAUGCAGGGUUCUGUCAGGAUUAAACUUUAUUAGCCACAUAAAAAGUUGAUUAGCCGCCACAUGAUUACAGCGCUGGUUAAAAAAGAAACAUGCAUUGUUAAACUCAAAAAUAAUUUAUUACAAGCUUAGACAAAGACCUUUGAGGAGAAACCGCAGACUAAAACAAUCAGUAGAGCAGUGCUGGUUGUAAAUAUAAAGCAACUCAUUAAAUGUUCUCGUCACUGUGUCUAGCUACUGGUAACCAGGUCCUGCUUCUCACUGACCAGCAGUGUUCUCGUAUCUGACUGAGUAAAACCCAAACUCUAUAUUUUCUAAAAAAAAAAAAAACUAGAGACCUAAAAAGUGUUGAAAUGAAUAAAACAUGAUUUACUUUAAUGCACAGUUCUGACAACAAAUACAUAAAAUCAACAUAAUGAAGUAGUUGAUUCACAUUCUAGAAAACAUAGGACCAAACCUAGAACAAUAGUUAUAUUAGUUACUAUUUGUACUCAUUGUCAUAUACCAUUUUAUUUCUUUUUUCUUCUUCCAGAAACAGAAAUAUCUCUCAUUUAGAUCUAGUUUUAUUUCAGCUCCUAACUGGGCUCUUUUUGCUGCCUGUGCCUGAUGGGGAAAAAUAUGAAACAACACCGUUUUAGGAUAUUUUAAUUACAUUUUAUACAAACUAAGACAAAGAGAAGAAAAAUCACAGGAAAGUUAAAAGUUAUAUUACAAGCAGUUAAUUGCCACUAUGGCAAAUUGCAGCCAAAUUGAGCUCGCCAUAGAGCACUAUUAUUCACCUGGUGCGAUGUGGUGCAGAAUUCUUCACUUUGACACGCAGCGUUUACUGGGAGAUCCUUUUGAAUCAGACACACAGCUGGUCGCUGCAGUCUAUUUGAUCACUUUCUAACCCACAGACAUGACGGCCUUUCAUAUUGGGUUAGAAUAAUCCAUCAACAAAAAGAAAAGUCAACAGGAACAUCAGGUUGUGCACAGGAAUUUCAUUAGACAGUAUAUUCCUAUGUUAUAGCUGUUUUAUGUGUCUGAAGUUCCUUAGAAAGUAAUCAUGAUGCGU